AUGAUUCCAGGUAGAUUCAUACGAGCACGAUGGGAACGUGGCUACUACAAGGACCUGUACCAUCGGAGGCAACUUUUGGGCGCUGAUCCCUUUAUACACCGAUCAUCGUAUCCCAAUUGGUAUCUCUUAAACAUUCUGCCAAAUAAUUCCGUUCUGGUUGCGCCAAUCCACCAUUGUCUUGAGUAUCAGCAGAACUACAGUCAAAUGAAGGAAGUUGUAGACGAUUUACGCGAAAAAAUCAAGAAAAUCACUGAGGGAGGCGGUGAAAAAGCUCGAGCUCUACAUAAAAGCCGUGGAAAAAUGCUUGCACGAGAGCGAAUAAACGCUUUGCUCGAUCCGGGAACGUCGUUCCUUGAGCUGAGCCAAUUGGCUGGAUACCAGUCCUAUGGAAAAGAAGAAGUGCCCGCGGGUGGUAUAAUCACAGGAAUAGGAGCUGUAGCUGGACGUGUUUGCAUCAUCGUAGCAAACGAUGCAACAGUGAAAGGAGGAACCUAUUAUCCCAUCACGGUCAAGAAGCACUUGAGAGCUCAAGAAAUUGCGAGGUAA